AUGAAUGCUAAGAAUGCCUCCUUGCAAAGUGUCCAAGUAGGGUGUGAACAUUGUGAGGAUUUCAUUCAUAGUAGUGGUGAGUGUUAUGCCAUGGGACAAGCUUGGAGUGAGAAAGUGAACUACGUGGGAGGUCAAAGGCAAGGGAAUGAUCCCUACUCGAAUACCUAUAAUCUCAGAUGGAAGAACCAUCCCAACUUUGGGUGGAGAAAUCAAGAAGGGCAAGGCAAUGUUCAAGCGCAACAACAAGCGGGUCCUAGUUUUCAAGGUGGAAAUAGGCCUCAACAACAAGGUCAAUAUCACAACCACCGAGGUCAAGGAAACAAUUAUGUUGGUAGGCCUCAACACCCUCCCGGGUUCCAACCCCAAAAUAAUAUGGAUAAGGGAAAUGUGCUUUCCAAGGUGCUAGAGAAGUUGGAAAAAACGGAGCAAAGGGAGAAGAACCAAGCUUCCACUAUCCAUCAUUUAGAGACCCAAAUCUCACAAAUGGUAAUUUCACUUCAAGGAAGAACGCAAGGUGGACUACCCUCUAUUACGGAAAACAAUCCAAGGGGGCAAUUUAAAGCGGUUGAGCUUAGGAGUGGUAAGAACCUUGGAAAAGCGAAUGGCAAGAGACCAAGGAUUGAGGAGGAUGAGCCUCAAGUGGUGAUUGAUAUUGCAAGCUCAAGUCAAGAGCUACCUAAGCCUUGUGAGGAAGUGGCUAUUUAUAUUGAAGAACCAUAUGUGAGACCUCCACCACCUCCACCUUUUGUACCAAAGGUACCAUUCCCAAGCCGGUUAAGGAAGGCGCCGGACAAUCAAAAGUUUCAUAAGUUUCUUGAGAUAUUCAAGAAACUUCAAAUCAACAUAAGCUUAGCGGAUGCACUACGGGAGAUGCCCCAAUAUGCUAAGUUCUUGAAGGACAUCAUAACCAACAAGAGGAGUUGGGACAAUGGUGCAACAAUCUCUGUCCCAGAAGUUUGUAGCUCAAUCAUCUUGAGCGAUCUACCGGCUAAGUUAAAGGAUCCAGGGAGUUUUUCUAUACCUUGCACUAUAGGAAAUAUGAGUUCAAUUAGUUUCCUAUGUUAUUUGGAAGCUGGUAUAAAUCUCAUGCCUUUGACUCUUUUCAGGACGCUAUGUAGGGAGAAAUCCGUGAAGAACACCUCGAUGGUACUCCAAGUAGCGGAUCACUCAUUAAAGAGGCUUUAUGGGAUUGUUGAGGAUGUGCUUGUCAAGGUGGAUAAGUUCAUCUUCCCGGUUGAUUUUGUUAUUUUGGACUAUGCGGUAGACAAGGAGUGCCCAAUGAUCUUAGGGCGCCCCUUUAUGAAUACCACAAGAACUUUGAUUGAUGUGCCUGGUGGGAAGUUGACCUUGCGAAUUGAUGAAGAAACGGUUGAGUUUGAUAUGAAGAGAGUCACGAGGGGUACCAUCGAGGAGGAAGAUUGCAUGAGGAUUGAUUUGGUGGAUGAACUUGUGAGGGAUCAACUUGAAGCGAAUAUGGAAGUGUUUAAUCUAGGCGGAAAGAAAUUAAUUCAGAAUUUGGACUCCCCAGGGGAGUGUCUCGAAUUGAGACACCCUAUAUAUGAGAAUGUCUCGAGUCGAGACACUCAAAUGAAGGAAACAGAAGCUACUUUGGAGUUUGUCACGUUCCAUUCCGAAGAGCUUGAUGAUGAAUUAUCCGAAGAAGAUAAACCUAAGACGGAAAGUUUGAUUAAAAAUGAGGGGGUUACUCCUCCAUGCUCUGGGGUACCACCCGUUGUGGAGAUGAAGCAUGUACCUCCUCAGCUCCGGUAUGCCUUUGUUGGCGAGAACAAGACUCUUCUGAUCAUUAUUUCCAACAAUCUAUCGGAAUCAAGAGCGGAGAGUGGUGCAAGUAGUGAAGGGGCAUGUGUUGGCCGUGGGAUGGCAAAUUUCUGA